CACACACACUCGAAGAUUCAAAUAAAUCAUCAGAAAUUCGAAACCCUAGAUUUCCAGUUCCUCUCGAUUUCCACGAAUUCAAUGGAAAAUUCGACCCAGGAAUCCCACCCCCGACCUGAAAAUGUCGUCACCUACGAAUCCCCCUACCCAAUCUACGCCAUGGCCAUCUCCGCCGUGAACCGCCGCCGCGUCGCCGUCGGCAGCUUCAUCGAGGAGCUGAAGAACCGCGUCGACAUCCUCUCAUUCUCGGAAGAUUCAUCCUCUCUCAAGCCCGUCCCUUCUCUCUCCUUCGACCACCUACCCCCGACGAAAUUACUCUUCCACCCCUCCGUCUCCGCCCCUUCCAACCUCCUCGCCUCCUCCGGCGACUUCCUCCGCCUCUGGGAGGUCAAGGACUCCUCAAUCGCGGCCGUCUCCACGCUCAACAACAGCAAAACCAGCGAGUACUCGGCUCCGCUGACCUCAUUCGACUGGAACGAGGUCGAGCCGCGGAGGAUCGGAACGUCGAGCAUCGACACGACCUGCACGAUUUGGGAUAUCGACAAGGGCGUGGUGGAGACGCAGCUGAUCGCGCACGACAAGGAGGUUUACGACAUAGCGUGGGGCGAGGCUGGGGUUUUCGCGUCGGUUUCCGCCGACGGCUCCGUGAGAAUCUUCGAUUUGAGGGAUAAGGAGCAUUCGACGAUCAUCUACGAAAGCCCCAUGCCGGAUACGCCGUUGCUGAGAUUGGCUUGGAAUAAGCAGGAUUUGAGGUAUAUGGCGACGAUCUUGAUGGAUAGCAAUAAAAUUGUGAUAUUGGAUAUCAGGUCUCCGACAAUGCCGGUGGCGGAGCUGGAGAGGCAUAGUGCUAGUGUGAAUGCAAUUGCGUGGGCGCCGCAGAGUGCUAGGCAUAUUUGCUCUGCCGGUGACGAUGCCCAGGCGUUGCUUUGGGAGCUGCCCACGGUGGCUGGCCCCAAUGGGAUUGAUCCCAUGUCCAUGUACUCUUCCGGUGCAGAGAUUAACCAGCUGCAGUGGUCGGCCGCCCAGCCGGAUUGGAUUGCCGUUGCGUUUGCCAACAAGAUGCAAAUGCUCAAAGUUUGAGGUAUUGUUCUUUGGAUUAAUACUGCUGUGUUUCUUGAUUUUGUGAAGUUAAAGUGGCCCUAUUAGUUUCUUCUUAUUGGGUUAUGUUGUAUGUAUUAGUGAAGAUUGUGUUGUAGUUGGUGCUAAAGAUUAUACAUUUGUUCUCCACAGUCUUGAUAUUGCAAUGUAGUAUAAUUUGCCAAGUUCA